CAUUCGGCAGCUACAGCGCAUGCGCAGAAGAGCCCAAUAUGAUUACGAGCAUUGUCGUUACAUGAUGAGUUUUUUCGAGCUAAACUGGUUGUAAACGUUUCACAAGUAGCCGGACACAGUGGUGCAAUGGCGGGAGAAGAGCAGGAGAGCAAAAACAAGGGUUUCAGGCUGCUGGGGAUUCUGGAUGUCCAGAAGACUCCCUGUGCCAGAGAGGCCAUCCUGCAUGGAGCUGGAGGUUCACUGGCUGCUGGCCUCCUGCACUUUCUGACCACCAGUCGAGUGAAGAGGUCUUUUGACAUCGGAUUUGCAGGCUUCAUGCUCACCACGCUCGGGUCCUGGUUUUACUGCAGGAUGAACAACGCUAAGAUUCGCGUGCAGCAGAGGAUAAUCCAGGACGGCAUCAAGAACAAGGUUGUGUACGAAGGAUCUGGUCUAGACCCCACAAACAAACCUGGAGCAGAAACAACAUCAGGGCCCUCAUGAUCUCCAGCACCGCAACUCAUCUCCCUCCCGUAUGAGGGCGUGGAGAAGAGAGGACACUGUCAGGGUAAACUGACGAAAAGCCAGUAUUUAAGGAUGCUUUUUUUUUGUUAUUGUUGUUUUGGUUUGGUCCAACAACUUCUCAAGCAAGUUCGCAGUCUGUAAAGUGCCUGGUCUGUCAGUCACAUCACGGAGCAGAUGAAGUCUUUCAUCAUGUAAAAACACCAAUUCUAGAUCACUCACUUUCAAAUUCCAGCCCCCUCAAACAAAAUCUCUUUUGAAUUUGAUCGUUUUUACAAGUCACACUUAUUGAUCAGGUAGAUUUACCACUCCCUCAAACUCUGAUGCAUAAAUUCCUGUAAUUUCAGUCAUUUAUUUCUCUUGUCUGAAAGUCAAACCACUAAAUGGUGUAAAAAAAUGUUUUAAAGUGACACAUCCCUGCAAAGCUCCAAAAACUGAGACGUCGUCUUUAUUGGGAACCGUGUUAAAUUGCAUGUUGUUGGGGAAAAAUAUGUAUAAGACAAACAAACUGUGUGCUCGUGUUUAUUUUACUUGUAGUUGACAACCAGAUCUCUGCUGUGUUAUUUCUUUAUUUAAGAAUCACUGAUAAGGUGGCUUCGAAAGGUAAAUCAGUGCUGGAUUUAUACUCUUUUACAUUUCACUUGAGUUACUUGUAAUGUGUUGCUAAAACAAAUCAGAGCCCAGUGGGUGUUUUCAUCCCCCACUGAGCCAGAAUCAGAAUCAGCAGUUUCCUGUGAUCCAGUGCUGAAUCAACCUUUCACUUCACCUCAAACCAACGACUGUCAAUAUGUUAAUGUUAAUAUUUAAAACUUGACGUGGAAAAUAAAUUUUGUGCUGAUGUAAAAAAAAAAAAAAAGUGCAAUCGAGGAUGUCGUCGUCAUUGUUGCUGACAUUGUGAGUAACUGUUGCACCUCUACCUUCAGCUAGUCUGUAAUUAGUCAUCAGGAAAUUGAUCAUUUUGAUAUUUGUUGUCGGGUUAAAUUAAGUUAAUUGGCCACUCUGAAUUGCCCGUAGGUGUGUUUGGUUGUUUGUGUCUAAGUGUCAGCCGCCACUGUAUAUGAUAGCGGUGUGGAUAAUGAAUAAAGUAUAAAUGAAUGUUUGCUUUA